GAGAGCUGUGUGUUUACAAUUAAUAUUCCGAUUUGUAGUCGGAAAAGUGAUUGUUUUACCUAUUUGCUACCCUCGUGGGCAGUUUAGUGGUAUGCUGUGGGUGAAAUAGUGUGUAAAAUGUAGAAUAUCUAUAAAUAAUUGUGUGAAAGGGGGAAUUUGUCAAUUGAAAUUGUGUCAUUUAGGCCUUUUCGAUAAUGACUUGAGGCAUUGGUGUGAAAAAAAGUGGGACGCAUACAAACGCAAAAUAGUGUAAACGCCAUCACCAACACAGUAGUCCAAUAAAAAUGUCGGCACACGGAAAGCCGCAAUUGUUCGAUCCUCUGCACAGUUCAGCCAGUUCUGACACAGACAGGUAAAAGCAUGGCAUUUUUCCUUGUUUGCCAUUAGAUGCUGAACAUCCAUUGAGACAGUUCAUGCUCUAAUCUGGUGGUCCGGACAAGUUUUUUGUGUUGAAAAGUUAAGAUUUUUGGAUUUUGGAGUACGCGUGGCUUUUCUAGCGUGUGUAUCGCCCCCGCAUGGCUGUGAGCGAUUGUGGGGAAAUUCCUGUGAUUUUCCGUGAAAAUUCUUAGUGUUUUUUUUGUGUAUUAAACGUGUGCAGAAGUCCACAGAGAUGCCCCUCAAUGGAGAUGAUUGUGCUGAUGUUCUUCACAUUGAUGUGGCAGAUCGAAAUGAAUGCGGAGAUUCUGUGUUUCCGGACACACCGGGCAGUGCAAAUGGCACAGGAGAGAAUGGCUUAAUAGACUAUUGCUGCCCGGCAUCACCAACAACGGUGCCCCAUCAGUCAUGGAAGGGGUCUCAGACGCGUUCACCGCGUCCCAGACGCCAACGUACUACAUCCAUGAAUCAGACGACGACAAUCAGCUCGUCAGAGUCCAUUAUACGCUCACACAAUCGCACCAUUUACACAGCCGGCCGGCCGCCAUGGUACAAUUUUGCGGGGCAACAAGUGGAACCAUUCGUGAUUGGAAUCUGUGGCGGAUCGGCAUCAGGAAAGACAACAGUGGCACAGAAAAUAAUCGAGAGUCUCGAUGUACCAUGGGUCACUCUGCUCUCAAUGGACUGCUUCUAUAAGAUUCUCAAUAAGAAUCAGCAUGAAUUAGCAGAGAUCAACGAAUACAACUUUGACCAUCCAGAUGCUUUUGAUCUGGAAUUAAUGGUUGAUGUGCUGAGGAAACUGAAGGAGGGACGUAAAGUGGAAGUUCCUGUGUACAAUUUUGUUACACAUGCACGUGAACCCACAACUAAAACAAUGUAUGGCGCUAACGUGAUCAUUUUUGAGGGAAUUCUCGUGUUUCACAGUCCAGAAGUCCUCAAGAUGCUCGAUAUGAAGGUAUUUGUGGACACAGAUGCUGAUGUAAGAUUAGCCAGGCGUCUCAAGAGGGAUAUCAAUCAGCGCGGAAGGGAUCUCGAGGGUGUUCUGAAGCAGUACUCAACAAUGGUACAGCCUUCCUAUAUCAAUUACAUUGCUCCGAGCAUGGCACAUGCUGACAUCAUUGUCCCACGUGGUGGGGAAAAUAAAGUGGCCAUUCAACUUAUUGUUCAGCACGUUCACACGCAGCUUCAACUGCGUGGCUUCAAGCUGAGAGAAACUCUGGCUCAGUCCUAUAUUGGACAACCUAUGCCGGAUUCCUUGCAUUUAUUGCCGACCACGCCCCAAGUGAAGGGCCUCCAUACUUUCAUCCGAAGCCAUGCAACUCCACGCGAUGAGUUCAUUUUCUACUCCAAGCGCCUGAUUAGGCUCGUGAUUGAGUACGCCCUGGGAUUCCUGCCGUUUAAGGAUGUCAGUGUGGAGACACCACAGGGAGUCACAUAUUUUGGCAAGAGGUUGGGUAGCGAGAAAUUGUGUGGAGUGUCGAUUCUGAGGGCAGGAGAGACAAUGGAGCAAGCAGUUUGCGAUGUCUGCAAGGAUAUUCGCAUUGGAAAGAUUCUCAUUCAGACAAAUCAGACGACUGGGGAACCGGAGUUGUACUACUUACGGUUGCCAAAGGACAUUAAAGACUACCACGUGAUCCUGAUGGAUGCCACCGUGGCGACUGGAGCUGCAGCAAUGAUGGCAAUUCGUGUGCUGCUGGAUCAUGAUGUUCCCGAAGAGAAUAUUCUCCUGGUGUCAUUGCUGAUGGCAGAGAUUGGUGUUCAUUCUAUUGCAUAUGCCUUUCCCAAGGUGCGAAUCGUCACGUCGGCUCUCGAUCCUGAGAUCAAUGAGAAGUUCUAUGUGAUUCCGGGAAUUGGUAAUUUUGGUGACAGAUACUUUGGCACCGAACCAUCGAUUUAAACACAGAGGAGAUGCCUCAACACUUAACUCUUUCAUUUAAGUUCAUCUUCAUUUUCUAUAUCCCAUGAAGAAAAAACUUGCACAGCAAUUCUUUUUUUUAUUGACCUCCAGAGUCAUGGAACAAUGAUAGUAAGUUAUCGAUGAGAGAGGAGAAAAUAAAGAAAUUUUGCCUAAAA